GAUCAGUGACUUCCGUGUUUACUCGGGACGAUGCUAGUCUUGUUGCUAACAACAAACUGUAUCGAGUCCUUUCUUGAAAGUCACGCGGUUUUAUUUACGUCACAUUUUCAUCUUCCUUAAAUGCGGAACCUCUGCUAAUGCAUGCUAACACUGUUAGCAUCGGCGUACCAGCGCGUUAGCUCCUGUUAGCCUCCGCUAGCUUCUGUUAGCUCAUGGGUUGGUUCCUUUCGCUCAUGUUAGCUAACAGCGGUGCGUUAAAGCACAGCUGCCGUAAACAACAGGACAAACUCACUGGACACGAACUUCCGGUCAGUGUUAGCCGUUAGCUCGGCUCAAAGCUAACGAACAGAAUGAUGAAGCAGGAGCGGCUGCGUGAUGACAAACGCCCUCUAGCGGACUGUUCUACAGACGUUCAACAUCUGCUGCUGAUCAAAGAAGAGCUUCACACUGAGAUGAUGACCCGUCCAGAUCAGGAGGAGCCAGAGAAUCCUCACAUUAAAGAGGAACAGGAAGAUCUGUGGACCAAUCAGGAGGAAGAGCAGCUUCAUGACACGGAGGAGGCUGAUGAUGGAAAGUUCUCACUCACUGUUGUUCAAGUGAAAACUGAAGAUGACCCAGAGAGUCCUGACAUCAAAGAGGAACAGGAAGAUCUCUGGACCAAUCAGGAGGUCCACGGCAACAAGUUCUCGCUCCCUAUCGUCCACGUCAAGACGGAAGACGAUGAGGACGAACUUCAGUCCUCACAGCUUCAGGACAGCAGAGAGGCGGAGCCUCCAGACACUGAUGGAGAUGAUCAUUUUCACUCCGAUAAAGAAGACAACAAGACUUCAGACUCGUGUGAGACUGAAGACAGUGAGGAUUAUGAGAAGGAGACCAGAGCUCCUGACCAACGUCAGCCUCACGGACACAAACAGAGAGUUUCUACAGGAGAGAAACCACAUAGUUGUGAUUUUUGUGGGAAAAGAUUCACAAAGAAGUCUAAUCUUAGGCGGCACACGGUGAUCCAUUUAGAAGAGGAACCGUGUAGCUGUGAUGUCUGUGGGAAAGGUUUCACACACAGGGGUUCUCUCAGGAGCCACAUGGGUAUUCAUACAGGAGAGAGACCGUUUGGCUGUGACAUCUGUGGGAAAACCUUUUCAAAAAAGUCAAAUGUCAAGACACACAUGGUGGUCCAUUCAGAAGAGGAACCAUUUCGCUGCGAUGUUUGUGGGAAAGGAUUCACACAGAGGGGUUCCCUUAAGAUUCAUAUGAGAGUUCAUACAGGAGAGAAACCGUGUGGUUGUUAUUUCUGUGGGAAAACGUUUCGACAGACGAGUGCUCUCAAGACGCACAUGAUGAUCCACACCGGAGAGAAACCGUGUAGCUGUGGUGUUUGUGGGAAAAGUUUUACAAAGAAAAGUGACGUCACAAGACACAUGAAGGUCCACACAGAAGAGAAACCACACCGGUGUGAGAUGUGUGGGAAAAGAUUUAAAGAGAAGUAUACACUGAAGAGUCACAUGAUGAUCCAUACAGCAGAGAAACUGUGCAGCUGCGACAUCUGUGGGGAAAAGUUUAAACUCAAGAAAUCAUUUGAGAAGCACAUGAGAAUUCACACAGGAGAGACACCACAUCGCUGCGACGUCUGUGGGAAAAUAUUUGCCAAGAAAAGCACUUUAAAGACACACCUGAUGGUCCACACAGGAGAGAAACCGUACGGCUGUGACGUCUGUGGGAAAAUGUUUACAAAGAAAAGUUCUUUAAAGACUCACACGAUGAUCCACACGGGAGAGAAACUCUGCAGCUGUGACGUCUGUGGGAAAAGUUUCACAAAUAAGAGCAGUUUUAAAAGACACAUGACGAUUCACAGCCGAGAGAAAUCAUGAAGCUGAAACGUCGCUGUUUCAUCACUCAUCACGUCGUUCACCAAGUUUCAGGAAACGUGCGCACGUGCAGUGCACAGUUUGGAAACCGGUUGGUGGAGUAUAAGCCUUUGACAAACACUUUGACAGCAGAAGAAGUCGUCGCCAAGGAAACAGCACUAUGGAUCCGAAAGAUGAGAGGCUGGAGGACAAGGUGAGGAGGUACAACCACCUGGGGAGCAGAAGACGGCGCAGACCUGGGUCUCGUCGGCAGAGGUGGACGAUCCUACAGGACAAGUUUGUCAAGACAAAGAAGAUGAUGGUGAACUCUCAGGUGUCUGAACACUGACGAGAAACAGAACAUGGAACGUUCACGACAUUCAUGCUUCCAGGUCGCUGGUGUUCCUGCUUGGACUCUUGUUCUUUAGUAGGAAUGCAGCAUAUGUCCUGCGCCCAGACUUGUACUGCCACCCGAUGGUGAAGUGGGGUACUGCAGGCCUGACCCUGACACGCAGAAGUAGACCACGGGCUUAUGUCUUGGAAUUAUGAUAAUGUGCAUCUACUGCCCCCUGAAGGCCAAACCCCACCUGUAGCUUUUGUGUCUGCCAGUGGUUUCAGCUCUGACAUGUUUUGAAAAACCUGGUUCCUGAGCAGAUUUACCACAGUUGAAAUGUUCAUGUGCAAAGAUAAAAAAAUAAAUGUGCCUGAAACGUAAA